AUGACGCUCAUCCAGUACUCCUGGAUGAACCUCAUGGUGUUCUCUCUGGGCUGGAGAUCUUUCCAGAACGUCACCAGUGAAUACUUGUACUUCGCUCCUGAUCUCAUCCUCAGCCAGUAAGUUGUGUCAAUGUUCUAUAUUAAUCUGAAUUGAAUUAUUAAAAACCUUUUUUUUUUUUUUUUUUUUCAUUUAUCCAACUAUUUAGUUAAACAAUAAAAUCCCAUUACGAUAUAUCUCAAUUUAAAAUAUUGUAUUGUCUCCCAGGGAUCGUAUGAGGAGAUCUCCAAUCUAUGAUCUGUGUCUGGCCAUGCAGUUCAUCCCUCAGGAGUUCACCAGUCUCCAGGUCACCAAAGAAGAGUUCCUCUGUAUGAAAGCCAUCAUGAUUCUCAACACUGGUAAACACAUCACAACACAUCACAGUCCCACUUCCUCAACACUGGUAAACACAUCACAACACAUCACAGUCCCACUUCCUCUUUAAAACACUACUGAUGACCCUCCGCUAACCUUCCUGGCCCAACAGACUCCUGUUAGGAUCAAAUAAGAACAAACAGAAGACAUCUGAAGCAGAUGGUAAAGUGUUGGUUACACUAUUAUCUCUGUCCAAAAUGACACCCUAUCACAUAUAGCCCAGGCUCUGGUCUAAAGUAGUGCACUAUAUAGGGAAUAGGGUGCCAUUUGGGACACAUCUAUUGUCACUAGACCUAGAGAUAUACAGUGUUUCAUAACGUGUUGUUGAACUGGGGAAAACGGACUGGGACAAGGGAGGAUUUAUGAAGCAGAUGUUAUUAAGUAGCAGUUUGACAUUGACCUUUACAUGAACAGAGACUGAACCCAUCGAAAACAAGUUCACGGUCAAGUCUCAAGAGAUCCAAGGGACUUCCACGUAUGUUCUAAAAAGUGAAAACAGAUUUUAUGAGAGUAGUUGGCAUUUCCUCAAAGUUAAAGUGAAGUAAAACCAAGAUUAAGCUAAAGAUUAAGAUUAAGCAAAAAUACAUAGUACGCAGACAGUGAUGUUGUAAAUCAAAAAAACAAAUUGUCACAAUUUAUGUCACUGUCUCUCUCACUUUCUCCCUGGUACUUCAGGAGAACACAGAGUAGGCUUUGUGGCUGCGUAUUUACGCUGCAUAUUUCACACUGCAUAUUUACACUGCAUAUUUCACACUGCGUAUUUACACUGCAUAAUUACACUGCAUAUUUACACUGCAUAUUUCACACAGCAUAUUUACACUGCAUAUUUACACUGCAUAUUCCACACUGCAUAUUCCACACUGCAUAUUUACACUGCAUAUUUACACUGCAUAUUUCACACUGCAUAUUUCACACUGCAUAUUUACACUGCAUAUUUCACACUGCGUAUUUACACUGCAUAAUUACACUGCAUAUUUACACUGCAUAUUUCACACAGCAUAUUUACACAGCAUAUUUACACUGCAUAUUCCACACUGCAUAUUCCACACUGCAUAUUCCACACUGCAUAUUCCACACUGCAUAUUUACACCGCAUAUUUACACUGCAUAUUUCACACUCUGCAUAUUUCACACUGCAUAUUUCACACUGCAUAUUUACACUGCAUAAUUACACUGCAUAUUUACACUUCAUAUCUACUCUACAUAUUUCACACUGCAUAUUUCACACUGCAUAUUCCACACUGCAUAUUCCACACUGCAUAUUUACACUGCAUAUUUACACUGCAUAUUUCACACUGCAUAUUUCACACUGCAUAUUUCACACUGCAUAUUUCACACUGCAUAUUUACACUGCAUAUUUACAUUUCAUAUUUACUCUACAUAUUUACACUGCAUAUUUCACACUGCAUAUUUCACACUGCAUAUUUCACACUGCAUAAGUACACUGCAUAUUUACACUGCAUAUCUACACUGCAUAUUUACACUGCAUAUCUACACUGCAUAUUUCCUCACUCAUGUGGGAAUUAAAAUUCCCUCAGGAGAAAUAAAGUUCUUCUAAAUCUAAUGGUCCAUUUAGAUUGAAAUGAUGCGAUACGAUUAAAGGCCCAGUGCAGUCAAAAAUGUAAUUGUCCUGUUUUAUAUAUAUUUUUUUACACUAUGAUGUUGGAAUAAUACUGUGAAAUUGUGAAAAUUAUGAUAAUGCCCUUGUAGUGUAAGGGCUGUUUGAAAAGACUGCCUGAAAUGUUUGCCUGUUUUGAUGGAAUGAAAUAUUGGCCUUCCAUGGAGACAUCACCUUGUGGUAAAUUAGUUCAAUUAAUUACACUAAUAAGAAAGAGAGUUCCAAACCUCUCUGCCAAUAACAGCUACAGUAAUUUUCCCCUUCUCACCCAGACAGUCCUAGCAAAAUUCUUGCGUGAGAAAUUGCUAUUUGCUAAGAAGGUAUUUUUGUUUCUUUUUGACAAUUUUAAUUGAAAACAAUCACAGUAAGGUACUUAAUUGUUACCCAGAAAUGUUUUGACGUUGAGAUAAAAACGCCUGCAUUGGACCUUUAUGCACAGUAGCGUCUCCGUGAAUUAGAGUUAACCCGGACGAUGCUGGGCCAAUUGUGCGCCGCCCGAUGGGACUCCCGAUCACGGCCGGUUGUGAUAGAGCCCGGGAUUGAACCCAGGUCAGUAGAGACGCCUCCAGCACUGCGACGCAGUGCCUUAGACCGCUGCACCACUGUAUAGGGAAUAGGGUGCCGUUUUGGAUGAAGCCAUAAUGUUCCCGGGUUGAUGACCCAUUGUCCCUUGUCUCUCUCCAUAGUUCCGUUGGAGGGCUUAAAGAGCCAGGCCCAGUUUGAGGAGAUGAGACAGAACUACAUUCGGGAGCUGACCAAGGCUAUCCAUCUGAAGGAGAGAGGCAUGAUGGCCUCCUCUCAGCGCUUCUACCAUCUCACUAAGCUCAUGGAUUCCAUGCAUGAGGUACAGGACAUUAUGUCACUGCUCUAUCACCGGCCCCGUUUAUACCUGCUCCUAACAUGCGUCCACUGUCCACAUCCUGAUUGUGUCCACAUCUUUAGACAGGGUGUAGACAAAUCAAAUGCGAUCUGAUUUCGAUUAGAGAUCUUCCUGACCAUCUCCGGAGGUAGUCGAAAGACGCACCUUGUAUGGAUAUCCUUAAAGUGCAAACGAAUCCGGACAACCAAAGCGUAUACAUUUGGCCAACAAUCACGGGCCCUGAAAAAAAAAAAUCACACCAGCCAGUUAAAUAAAGAUCAUCAAAUAAAGAUAGGCCUAUUUAUGAAGAGAUAUCGUCCCGAAUGAGAAAAAAAGGGUUCACCCGUUCCCAAAAUGCUAUAUUUGAAAACAUCAUAGAAAGGCUAAGGACUGUAAGAGAAGAAUUUAAACUGAACUACAAAUGUAUUGGGGAGGCAGGGAAACUACGAUGGAGGCCUCAGGUCCCCUGAACCUUUAGAUCAGGGUAUAAUGUGGUCUAAUGUUCCCCUGUACCUUUAGAUCAGGGUAUAAUGUGGUCUAAUGUUCCCCUAUACCUUUAGAUCAGGGUAUAAUGUGGAGGUCUAAUGUUCCCCUGUACCUUUAGAUCAGGGUAUAAUGUGGAGGUAUAAUGUUCCCCUGUACCUUUAGAUCAGGGUAUAAUGUGGAGGUAUAAUGUUCCCCUGUACCUUUAGAUCAGGGUAUAAUGUGGUCUAAUGUUCCCCUGUACCUUUAGAUCAGGGUAUAAUGUGGAGGUCUAAUGUUCCCCUGUACCUUUAGAUCAAGGUAUAAUGUGGUCUAAUGUUCCCCUGUACCUUUAGAUCAAGGUAUAAUGUGGUCUAAUGUUCCCCUGAACCUUUAGAUCAGGGUAUAAUGUGGAGGUCUAAUGUUCCCCUGUACCUUUAGAUCAGGGUAUAAUGUGGUCUAAUGUUCCCCUGUACCUUUAUAUCAAGGUAUAAUGUGGUCUAAUGUUCCCCUGUACCUUUAGAUCAAGGUAUAAUGUGGUCUAAUGUUCCCCUGAACCUUUAGAUCAGGGUAUAAUGUGGUCUAAUGUUCCCCUGAACCUUUAGAUCAGGGUAUAAUGUGGAGGUCUAAUGUUCCCCUGAACCUUUAGAUCAGGGUAUAAUGUGGUCUAAUGUUCCCCUGUACCUUUAGAUCAGGGUAUAAUGUGGAGGUCUAAUGUUCCCCUGUACCUUUAGAUCAAGGUAUAAUGUGGUCUAAUGUUCCCCUGUACCUUUAGAUCAAGGUAUAAUGUGGAGGUCUAAUGUUCCCCUGUACCUUUAGAUCAGGGUAUAAUGGGGUCUAAUGUUCCCCUGUACCUUUAGAUCAGGGUAUAAUGUGGUCUAAUGUUCCCCUGUACCUUUAGAUCAGGGUAUAAUGUGGAGGUCUAAUGUUCCCCUGUACCUUUAGAUCAGGGUAUAAUGUGGAGGUCUAAUGUUCCCCUGUACCUUUAGAUCAGGGUAUAAUGUGGAGGUCUAAUGUUCCCCUGUACCUUUAGAUCAGGGUAUAAUGUGGAGGUCUAAUGUUCCCCUGUACCUUUAGAUCAGGGUAUAAUGUGGAGGUCUAAUGAACGGUGGGCAGGUGGUGAAUAGUCUAUUUCAGUUGCUAUAUGAGAUAUGAAAAUCAUACAGUGGGAUUAUAAUGCAAUCCUUUUCGAUGUUAUUAUAUUAUAUUCUGUGAAUCUUUUAGCAUUUUCCAGCUAUCAAUAAAGUGCAGAAGAUGUCCAAACUGAUGUGUAAAGGCGAUAACCAGCUGGCGAAUCGCAUCUCUGCAUGUCUGGCAGACAUAUCAGUGUGGAUGACGGAUCACCACCUCAAGCUGAACCUCGGCAAGACGAAGCUGCUCUUCCUCCCGGGGAAGGACUGCCCGUUCCAUGAUCUCGCCAUCACGGUUGACAACUCCGUUGUGUCCUCCUCCCAGAGUGCAAAGAGCCUUGGCGUGACCCUGGACAACACCCUGUCGUUCUCCGCUAACAUCAAGGUGGUGACCCGAUCCUGUAGGUUCAUGCUCUACAACAUUCGGAGAGUACGACCCUGCCUUACACAGGAAGCGACACAGGUCCUAAUCCAGGCACUUGUCAUCUCCCGUCUGGAUUACUGCAACUCGCUGUUGGCUGGGCUCCCUGCCUGUGCCAUUAAACCCCUACAACUCAUCCAGAAUGCCGCAGCCCGUCUGGUGUUCAACCUUCCCAAGUUCUCUCACGUCACCCCGCUCCUCCGCACACUCCACUGGCUUCCAGUUGAAGCUCGCAUCUGCUACAAGACCAUGGUGCUUGCCUACGGAGCUGUGAGGGGAACGGCACCUCCGUACCUUCAGGCUCUGAUCAGUCCCUACACCCAAACGAGGGCAUUGCGUUCAUCCACCUCCGGCCUGCUGGCUCCCCUACCUCUGCGGAAGCAUAGUUCCCGCUCAGCCCAGUCAAAACUGUUCGCUGCUCUGGCACCCCAAUGGUGGAACAAGCUCCCUCACGACGCCAGGACAGCGGAGUCACACACCACCUUCCGGAGACACUUGAAACCCCACCUCUUAAAGGAAUACCUGGGAUAGGAUAAAGUAAUCCUUCUACCCCCCCCUUACCUCACCCCCCCAAAAAAAAAAAAAAAAAAAAAAACAUAUUGUAAAGUGGUUAUCCCACUGGCUAUAAGGUGAAUGCACCAAUUUGUAAGUCGCUCUGGAUAAGAGCGUCUGCUAAAUGAUGUAAAUGUAAUAGCGUUCUGUAAGCAUGAGCGAGGCCACUGUCCAAUAUGAUGUAGGAUGAGCGAGGCCACUGUCCAAUAUGAUGUAGGCGUCAAUAUGAAGAUCUCUUUAUGCUCCUUCUAGAUGUCCACUUCAUUCCUUUAUAAAGCCAUCUGCUUCACAUGCCUCUCCUUAGCACGACUUGCUAUAGUCUAUCUAAUUGAGGUUACGAUAGUGAAGUAUCACUGAUCAAUGAUUUGGAGGAAACUAAACCACGGUCAUUCUCCCAGCAUGCCACUUUUUUUUCCCUUUGGUACUGUUGAGGCUAAAGGUUAUUACAAUAGAAUAUAAUAUAAAGACAACGUCAUCCAAACGUUAAGAACCACCCGGUUCAAACCUGUUUGGAUAAGGUGUUGCGUCAUUCGGAGAUGCACUUUGUAGCCUACUGUGUAAAUGAACCUGUUUGUGUUUCUACUGUGUAACUGAACCUGUUUGUGUUUCUACUGUGUAACUGAACCUGUUUGUGUUUCUACUGUGUAACUGAACCUGUUUGUGUUUCUACUGUGUAACUGAACCUGUUUGUGUUUCUACUGUGUAGCUGAACCUGUUUGUGUUUCUACUGUGUAACUGAACCUGUUUGUGUUUCUACUGUGUAACUGAACCUGUUUGUGUUUCUACUGUGUAACUGAACCUGUUUGUGUUUCUACUGUGUAACUGAACCUGUUUGUGUUUCUACUGUGUAACUGAACCUGUUUGUGUUUCUACUGUGUAACUGAACCUGUUUGUGUUUCUACUGUGUAACUGAACCUGUUUGUGUUUCUACUGUGUAACUGAACCUGUUUGUGUUCUACUGUGUAACUGAACCUGUUUGUGUUCUACUUGUACUGAACCUUUUUGUGUUUCUACUCUGUAACUGAACCUGUUUGUGUGUCUACUGUGUAGCUGAACCUGUUUGUGUUUCUACUGGUGUAACUGAACCUGUUUGUGUUUCUACUGUGUAAACUGAACCUGUUUUGUGUUUCUCAACUGUGAACUGAACUGUUUGUGUUUCUACUGUGGUAACUGAACCUGUUUGUGUUCUACUCUGUAACUGAACCUGUUUGUGUUUCUACUGUGUAACUGAACCUGUUUGUGUUUUCUAACUGUGUACUGAACCUGUUUGUGUUUCUACUGGUGUAACUGAACCUGUUUGUGUUUCUACUGUGUAACUGAACCUGUUUGUGUUUCUACUGUGUAACUGAACCUGUUUGUGUUUCUACUGUGUAACUGAACCUGUUUGUGUUUCUACUCUGUAACUGAACCUGUUUGUGUUUCUACUGUGUAGCUGAACCUGUUUGUGUUUCUACUGUGUAACUGAACCUGUUUGUGUUUCUACUGUGUAACUGAACCUGUUUGUGUUUCUACUGUGUAACUGAACCUGUUUGUGUUUCUACUGUGUGCCUUAAGGCCUAAGGGGCAUUAAACUGUGCAUUAAUACUCUGAAUAUUUAUUUGUACAGCUAUGGACAGGUCUAGGUUAUCGGGAUCGUAGCCUAUUACAGCUAUGGACAGGUCUAGGUUAUCGGGAUCGUAGCCUAUUACACCCAGUCGUAAAUCAUUGGAUAAAAGUUUCAGGUAUUAUGACCAUGAUUUGUUGAGGAUAAAGCGUUGACAUGUUUACCCCUCCCCUAUCUCUUCCCCUCCCUCCCCCAUCUCUUCCCCUCCCUAUCCUCCUCUCUUCCCCUCCCUCUCCUCCUCUCUUCCCCUCCCUCUCCUCCUCUCUUCCCCUCCCUCUCCUCCUCUCUCCCUCCUCCUCUCUACCCCUCCCCUACUCCUCUUCCCCUCCCUCUCCUCCUCUUUUCCUUCCCCUCCCUCUCCUCUCUCUUCCCCUCCCUCUCCUCCUCUCUUCCCCUCCCUCUCUCCUCCUACGCUACCCCUCCUCCUCUCUUCCCCUCCCCCUUUCCUCCUCUCUUCCCCUCCCCCUCCUGCCUCUCUACCCCUCCCCUCUCCCCUCUCUUCCCCUCCCUCUCCUCCUCUCUACCCCUCCCCCCAUCUCUUCCCCUCCCCUCUCCUCCUCUCUUCCCUCCCUCUCCUCCUCUCUACCACCCUCUCCCUCCCAUCUCUUCCCCUCCCUCUCCCCUCUCUCUCCCCUCCCUCUCCUCCUCUCUAACCCCCUCCCCCAUCUCUUCCCCUCCCUCUCCUCCUCUCUUCCCCUCCCUCUCCUCCUCUCUACCACCCCUUCCCCAUCCUCUUCCCCUCCCCCUCCUCCUCUCUACCCCUCCCCCAUCUCUUCCCCCUCCCUCUCCUCCUCUCUACCCCUCACCAUCUCUUCCCCUCCCCCUCCUCCUCUCUUUCCCUCCCUCUCCUCCUCUCUACCCCUCCCCCAUCUCUUCCCCUCCCUCUCCUCCUCUCUUCCCCUCCCCCUCCUCCUCUCUACCCCAUCCCCCCAUCUCUUCCCCUCCCUCUCCUCCUCCUAACUACCUACCUAACCCUCUCUCUCUUCCCCUCCCCCUCCUCCUCUCUUCCCCUCCCUCUCCUCCUCUCUUUCCCCUCCCCUCUCCUCCGCUCUACUACCCCCUCCCUCUCCUCCUCCCCUCCCUCUCCCUCCUCUCUUCCCCUCCCUCUCCCUCUCUUCCCCUCCCUCUCCUCCUCUCUUCCCCUCCCUCUCCUCCCUCUAACACUACCCCUCCUCCUCUCUUCCCCUCCCCCUCCUCCUCUCUUCCCCUCCCUCUCCUCCUCUCUAACCCCUACCCAUCUCUUCUUCCCCUCCCUCUCCUCCUCUCCUAACCUCUACUAGACCCUACCAACCCUCCCCCAUCUCUUCCCCUCCCCCCUCCCCCUCUCUACCCCUCCCCCUCCUUCUCUUCCCCUCCCUCCCUCUCCUCCUCUCAAAACCCCUCCCCCAUCUCUUCCCCUCCCCCUCCUCCUCCUCUCUUUCCCUCCCUCCCUCCUCCUUCUUACCUACCCUCCCCCAUCUCUUCCCCUCCCUCUCCUCCUCUCUUCCCCUCCCUCUCCUCCUCUCUCUACCCCCCCCCUCCCCCCUCUUUUCCCUUUUCCCUCCCCUCCCUCUCCUCCUCUCUUCCCCCUCCCCCCUCCUCCUCCUCUUUCCCCUCCCUCUUCCCCCAUCUCUUCCCCUCCCUCUCCUCCUCUCUACCCCCUCUCCCCUCUCUUCACUCCCCUCCUCCCCCUCUCUCCCCCCAUCUCUCUCCUUUCCCCCAUCUUUUCCCCCUCCCUCUCCUCCUCCUCUUAAAACCCUCCCCCAGAUUGUAAGAAGGUGAACCUGUACUGUCUCAGUACCUACAUCCAGGCUGACGCCAUGAAGGUUGAGUUCCCUGAAAUGAUGUCAGAGGUCAUCUCCUCCCAGCUCCCCAAGGUUCUGGCCGGUAUGGUCAAGACCCUCCUCUUCCACGCCAAGUGA